AUGAAGUGGCACUGCGCAGCUCAGGCAUGUCGCCGACCCGCUUUGUGGUCGCUUCUCGGGCAGUGUGAGCAAUGCUACCGACAUUUCUGCGGAGAGCAUGCCGUCUCAACUUCACACACGUGCCUGACGACAGAGGAAAUCCACACGAUCUAUGUGUCUGGCGACCAGUCUAAGCUUCGAGAGCUUAACGUAUCCCGACGAACGGCAGGCGAAAAGAUGAUCUUUGCCCUGAUCGACAGCAUUGACAGCGAUGCCCUUCGCGAGCGUGCCGGAACUCUACGUGGCGGAAUGAAAUGCACUGUCAGUCUCCCAUCAGCCAAUCAGGCGUACUUCAAUAUGGACGUCGUUGGGGGACGCAACUACCAUGGCUCAAUUGUGUUUGAAGAUGGAAAAGCCUGGUUAGCACGAUUCCGGCUGCCUAACCACAACGCACCUCCGGUGGAGGAGAGAAACUUUGAUCGGCGCAGCGAAUUCGCCACAUAUCGCUUUCUGGCCGAAGCUGAUAUCCCGGUCCCACGCGUUUACGACUGUGCCGAUGAUGGUGAUCCAUCCAACACUGUUGGCGCUGGAUAUAUUCUGGUUGAAAAACUUGCGGGGAAGCCUCUGGCUUGGCACGAAGCGGACCAAGCACAGCGGGACAAGUUCAUGCGUCAGUUGGCCGGCAUUUAUGCCCAGCUGGAGAAGCACCCUCUCGGAGCGCUUGGACGCCUGCAACCAUCGUCGUCGUUGACAGGCCAGCCGGAAGUCGGCCCGGCAUUCUUCGACUACGACUCGGUCGGGCGCUUGGUGCCAUUUGGCCCAUUCGAUGACAUGAGCGACUACUACAAGGCCUUGAUUCAGCACAAAAUCGGGCUCAUCAGGACGGGGGAGAUUGCCCCUUCUGCACCCCGCGACCAAUACCUUAUUUAUCGGAGUCUCCUUGACUGUCUCCCCCGAAACGAGCAAGGUCCUUUCUUCUUGCGCCACGUUGACUCUAGAGACGCUAAUUUCCUGGUUGAUCUUGACUAUAACAUCACUGGCAUCAUAGACUUGGAGCUAGCCAUUGCCACGGCCAAAGGCGCGGCUUUCCAGUCGCCUCUAUUGCUGUACGAUUUGGGAGAGCUGUACGAUAAGGGUCUCUCCACACCAAGCGAGGGGGAAGAGCGCUUUGCUAGGAUCCUUCAGGAAGAGAACGAGUCGUACCAGCUUUCUGCGUUGGUUGCGCAGAAGCUGCACUUCAGAGUCGACCAAGUGAUAGAGACGAAUCCCGAGGAUCGGGAACACUUUAUUAGAGUUUUCGGCGGAUGGUGGAAGGCCGCCACGGGGGAACAAGUAUUCGAUUGGGAUAUGUGGUAUAGGGAGGCGCUGGAAAAGUAUGGCGAUGGAGGCUUUACACCUUUAGCUGUAUAA